AUGGGUUUUGACCGAAAAGCUGCUUGGAUCUUGGCUCUCUGGUUCUUUGCAUGGUCAACGACAGGUUCGACAGAGGAUUUCUUGCCAGAAGUGUUAGAGAAACUGAAGAAUUGGAACUUUCGUUGGGACAGCGUCGAGUUGUUGCAAGGCAUGGCAGUGGACCGAGGUGAUGUCGGCAGCCCGCUUCUGAACUUAACCUUGCUGCUAGAGAGUUUGCAUCUCAGCCCUGAGCUGCUUCGCACCCUGAGCAUUUCCGACAAAACGAACUACAUGCAGGGCAUAACGUCCAGCUUAAUGAGCGCUAUCAAGGCGCAUAAUGAAGCUGACCAAACUUGCCUGGGGAAGGCAACAGACCGCUGUCCAUGUGCCGAGCGUGUCAGUCAACUGCUCGAUUCGUUCAGUUGGGCUUUUUCAGCAUUGGAUGCCACUGGAAAAUUGCCGUCCGGUAUUCUCAGAGGUGACCUGUGGAUGCUUGGCGACUACGUUGAAUGCAACAAACUGCGAGUGCGAACGGAUUCAGGGUGA